GGGUCUGGAGGAAGGCACCCCAACCAGGUUGGAGCUGAUCAAGCUUCCCUGACCGGCUAUUUGCAGCACUCGCUGGACGCAAGGACACCGCUGUCGAUGGCACUCUUUAUUGGCCGCCUGCCCUCUGGCCUCCGCCAGAGGGAGCUGGAGGAUCUCUAUACCCCCUAUGGCAAACUCUCGCGCUGCGAGAUCAAGCAGGGCCACUCGUUCAACUAUGCCUUUGUCGAGUUUGAGGAGAAGCGUGAUGCGGAAGACGCAAAGAAUGGAACCGAUGGAAAGUCCAUCAAUGGCAUGCGCAUUGUCGUCGAGUGGGUCAAGGGCGGCGCUGCUCGCCGUGCCAGUGAUAACGAAUGCUUCAAGUGCCACCGAGAAGGUCACUGGGCCCGCGACUGUCCCGAAUCCGGAGGAGACCGCAACCAACGGGAUUCUGACCGAAACCGCGAUCGAAACAGAGAUCGCGAUCGCGAUCGUGGCAGCGACCGAGAUCGAGACCGUGAUAGAGACCGCGAUCGUGACCGUGAUCGUGAUCGUGAUCGUGCCCGAGACAGGGACAGGGAUAGAGAUCGCGCUCGAGACAGAGACAGAGACCGAGAUGCAGAUCGUGACCGAACUCGAGACAGAGACAGAGAUCGUCGCAACGAUGAUCGCGACAGCGAGCGCAACGAUGACCGCAACCGCAGCCGUCGCAGCCAAUCGCCCCGCCGCAGGAAAGAUGAUGACGACUCCAACUCGUCGGCCCGUCGAUCUCGCCGCAGCCCGUCGCGCGACCGCCGUGAGCCAGAACGCAGAGGCGACCAACCCAAAUCCAAAUCCAAAUCCCGCUCCCGAUCUCGCUCGAGAUCCCCGCGCCGUGAGCGCCGCGACAAGGACCGCCAGGAUGAUCGAAGGAUGAGCGACAACAAGGAUCGCACCCCUGAGGGGGAUCGCAAGCGCGACAUGUCCGUCGAUCCCCCAUCCGACGAGGAGCGCAACCGCAACCGCCGCGGCGCCAGCCCGGAGCAAAGCCAAGGAAACGCAGAUGACGCCAAUGGCAAAUGGUAAAACACCGCACUUCGCCAGCCAUAAGAUAGGCUUCCUUAGUCCGGCUUCAUCGCCCGCCGCAUCAACCAAGAUCCCUCGAUUAGCAAGCAUUGAUGACCGGCCACCAGCUGAUGCCCAGACUACAUCCAAAGCGGAUGCGCCUUGUGAGACUUGUCGCGUCCACACACAUUAGUUGAUUGUAUUUGCUUGAAUACAGCGGAGGCCAUAAGAAUUGGAAUGA